UCUGGCACCACUUAAUGGUAUGAAACAGUGCGACGGGGGUCAAGAGGUUGGCCAUAAAACAGUGCGCAUAUGAAUAUUGUUAAAUGGAUGUGUUGAAAUCGUAACCGAACAGUCAGGCACCCUUUCAGUCGUUUUCAGUACACCCACCGGUACGGUUGUAGCAGGGCAGGUCGAUUCCAACACGAGUUCGGCACCGUUUUUGUUCGGUUUAGUGUAACGUGCGCAAGUGACUAGCAGAAGAUUACCCUAGCAAUGGCUAAGAUGCAGUGCAGUGUCACGCAGGUGUAUGUGAGAAGCUUAGAUUGGUUAAAUGUGGGACGAAAACAGUUUCUGUCGAUAGCGGCUUUAAGAAAUUUCAUCAAUCAACAAUUGUAUCAGCCAUCAACAACCUGUUGCGGAAUGUUCGACAGCCUGGUUAUGUUCUUAGUGCUGCGUAGAGAUGAGUCGAUCUGUAACAGUGGAACGGUGUUAAGAAUAUCGUUAUCAGUGAAUAAGCGAUCACAAUGCAACAACGGGAAAUGUAAUGCACGGUCCGAAAUUGAACAUUCAGAAAUUAUUCCCAGAAGAUCCUGCCUAACUAAUCCCACAACAUUCUAACCUGAUUCUAAUCGGUGGUAUACAGCUUAGACGUAACUAGGAGGAAAGAUGCAUAAAUUGAGACUAGCUUCCAGCUUCUCAGGUAUCAUUGACCGGAUGAGAAAUAAAAAGCGGAACAAUGACGAGUCGCAAAGUAUAGUGAUAUACUCUGUACUACCAAAAUGCCUAGUGCCGCCGUUUGAUGAUGAGCAGGUUGCGUUGCAACCAAUGCCGGAUAAUCUGUCACGCUGCGAGCAGAAACGUUGGCUGGCGUUCGAAGAGUUUAUCAAACACGAGCAAAACUAUCUGGACGUAUCGUGCAAAUUGCAAUAUGAGAUCUACAACAAACUCUUGAUGAUGGAUGAUAUCACGGACACCGAUACAUUGUACGCUAUGUUCGGCACACAUCAGCGCAUUUGCCAAUUACACCAAUUCAUCCAACCGUUGAUGGAUGCGUGUGUGAAGGAAUGGGCCGACGAACGUUUGACCGGCUGGAUGAUCUGGGCAUUGCUAGAGCAACCGUUGCUCAAUCGACUGUACAGUGUAUUCAUUGCCCAAUACCCGUACAACAAAGAUCUCGCAAAGACGUACGCUAAUCAAAACAUCCACUUCGCGUCGUUCACGUCGAAGUUGUGGGAGUCCGGCUGCCCACUAAACUUUGUGGAUUACUAUUUAAUGAUGGUGCAACGCUUACCACAGCUCGUGCUGGAGGUUAAGGAUUUGCUGAAGAAUACGGACGAAACGCAUCUGGACUUUCCCAUGUUGGAAAAGUGUGUAACGCUAGUGACGGCGUUGGGCGAGCAGAUUAACGCAGCAGUCGGCCGUUAUGAUACCGCUCAAGUUUUGCUGCAGGCAACGAUGCGCCUGCAUACUGGCGAUAAGCGCGUCUUUCAGCACGGCACUUAUCAGUGCGAGUUGAUGCAUAUCGCACCACUAAACGAGAUGUGCAGCACUGCCAUCAAACCGCGGGUUAUUCUGCUGUUGAGCGAUCGGCUUGUGUGUGCCAAACGGCCGAAAAAGCAAAACGAAGCAGGAACAAGCAAGAUGACAUUAAUACCCUCGUCUAACGAGCAGUACGGUGAAUUGAAAUGGGUUGUACCGCUCCAAAAUGUGCAGCUUGAUGACGAAGAGUUUGCGCAUGCAGGGUCAUUACGCGCGGUCGCUACUGGGUCCAUGCAUUUGAUGGAAAAUAUACGCGACUUCGGCGGCACCAUCGCUAACUUGCGAGGUAUAGUGGGCACAUUCCUGCAAUCGAACGAACAUUUCACCGUGAAUGCUUGCAAUGAGCAAAUGGAUAAAAUUUGGUCCGCCGUAUUGCACAAAAAAGCUGCACCUGCUGUCGAGAAUGUGCUGCGCGUAAAGGUAAAGGACAGUGAGAAGGUUUACGUCCUAACACUGGACAAUGCGGAUGCCAAAAACGAAUUGUGCAACGCGAUACGCCUGGCCCAGCUAGCCUUGCGGCCGGAAAACUCACCUGCCUGGUGGAAUAGUACGCUGUAUGCACCGUACGAGCCACUGUAUGUGAAAACGUUUAACGCGGGUGACCAGGAUACUACCGUGACCAGUGGCUGCUGCUACGUGCCGAAUAUCAACUCACCGGCCUACGCGAACGAACUGUUUCGCGCUUGGUCUGAAAAGCAGCAUGUGGUGUGGAUUAGCACAAUCGACAAGCAAAGCAACAGCAAGAUAACACUGUACACGCACGACCGUGCAAGGAAUGCGAUCGAUCUGCGGGCAAGCUUCACUCUGCCGUCCGUCAGGGUCACGUGUAUCGCACACGUACCGGAAGGGAUGAUCAUUGACAAACCGGCCGAUACAGUGUGGAUUGCGACGAAUACGCAUAUAUUAAUCUACUCUGCCACCUUUCCAAUGAUUAAGGAACAGCUGAUGAGGCUUUCGGUGUUCGAUACACCGAAUCGCAUACUAUACCACGCGAAACGUGUAUUCGUUAUUACGGACGACAACCAGCUGCUUGUAUUUUCAAUGACGGCAAACGGUGUAUGGAACCUGAAGAACCCGCAGCAGUGGUUUAUUGGUUCCGUUCAAGCGAUGACUGCGGCGAACGCGUAUGUCUAUAUUGCGUUCGGUGCCUACAUCCAUGUGUUCGAUUGCAACGAGGGAACAUUCGUAAAGCAGAUCGGCGAGGAAUAUCUGGAGCGUCGCAUUACGUUGUUGGAGUAUUCCGUGCAUGGAUUAUGGGUUUGUCAUCACCGAACCGGAAUCAUUACGCUGUACCAUGCCGAAACCUAUAUGCAUCUGCUGGAUAUAGACAUUGAUGGGUAUGUCGACCAGUUCCAGCGAGAUGACGAGAACGAAUGGUUAACCGCACGUGUAUGCGUAACUUCCCUGGCGGUGGUGGAUAACAUGCUGUGGGUCGGAACUAAUGUUGGAGUACUGCUCUCGUUGCAGCUACCAAAGCACGCUAACGUUCCCAUCAUUGACGAGAACAUACAGGUAGCAUACCAUGCACACUUGCAAAACGUUAAGUUGAUUCUGCCCCUACCGCCGCUGCGUGCAUGUGAGGAAAUUACGGCAAGUUUGGAUGUCAAACCCACGACAGUGGAAAACUUAUUCGUAAACACCAGAAAGCCGUCGGAAGAUCUGGUUGACUUCCCGGUAGCAGACGAUGCUGUAAGUGUUGAUUCUUUCGAUUCGUUAGGUGACAUAUUUUACGAUGCACUGGACGCAUCCGUAGAUGAUCUGAACGUGUCGCAGGUGUUUACCGAUAGUGUAAACAGCUGGAACGAAGGUGAGCAGACAGAACAAGCAUCGGGUAGCACUGACAGCCAACCGUCGUCGUGGGUUCCGGACUCGACAAUGAUCCUCACCGGGGGUUAUGGUUACGUGAAGCGGACUAACAUUCGCUCCCGUAAAACAGCCGCCCCGCAUGUGUUGAACCGCACCCAAAGUUUGUGCGAUGUAGCAGAGACAACGAAUCAAUUGCAAUCUACCGCAAUCGAUGAAGUUGGAAACAUGAUACUGUGGGAACAGCGGCCAAAGCAUUUGGGGCAGAUGAAAUGUGACAUAGGAUCAAAAUCCUAAGAUGGAGCUAACAAU